AUGAAAAUCGAUAGAACCAUUGUUGUUGUUGUUUUACUUUUUCUAUCAAACACUUCGGCACACAGUAAGUCGAUUCCGUUCUUGUACGCUUGAGUUCAGCUAUCCGCAAGAAGCGCCAGUCAGUGGUAGAUCUUCCGGUACCAGAUGAGCCAGUCUACAAGUACGCUUCUGCUACGGAACAAUCGAAGUCUGAUGUCGCUUCAACCGUUUUCUCCGAGUACGAUUACAAUUCAAAUAAGGAUCAAACUCACAGUUACGGUGGAGAUUCUUAUAGUGCUGUAGAUGAAGGGGACUUGGAAGAAGCUGAGACGUUUAAUCAGCCAAGCGGGGCGGCUACAUCGACUUCCGCCACUGAGACGGAAAUAACUAGUCGUUUAGUCAACGUUAUAUCAACAGAUAGAACAAUGAAUCCGACCGCCAAAAUUCUCUCUCUUUUAGCGACAGAGAAUCCACUACACCGGAUUGUAAAAGGCCCAGAUGGCUCAAGUCCAACGCCUCUAUCGGGCUUGAUUGUCAAAGGCACAGAUGAUGCCACUUUCAAGGCCACUACUAAAGGUGCUAGGGUAGCCUUGCGAAAUGAUUUUGGGCAUGCGACGCCAUUGUUUGCCGAUGAUUAUGAUGGCAAGGGAACUUAUAUUGAGGAUGCUAACUUAAAUUUUUCUCCGAUUGAAAUAAGCGGUGCCGAAAAUCCCGUAAAAGGAAAGGAUUACCAAGAAAAUGAAGAAGCUUCCGAUGGGCACUAUUAUGAUAAAGAAAAUGCCGACGCAGGCAUUACGCCAUUCUUUGACGAUGUGGAAUAUUUGUCAACUCCAUAA